UUUCCCAGUUUGGCAACCAAUCAAACUCCCUCAUUUCUCCCUCGAAUCUCACUCUCUCUCUUUUUUUGUAUUUUUUGGCUUUCUUAUUUAUUUAAAAAAUUAAAUAAAAAUGCGAAAGAAAUCAUCAUCUUCUUCGUCCUCAUCACUGCCGUCGCAAUCGUUGUGGCGGAGAUGGUGGAGAUAUCUUCACCCGCGGUAUCACCUGAAGAGGUCGCAGCUGUUGCCACUCAUCGUCCUCUCCUUCGUCGCCCUCACAUGGCUGCUCUCUGCCCUCCAAUCGCUCACCGGAGACCACCAGGUAGCGGUGUCGAGGUUGAAUAAGGAUCUCAAAACUUUAAAGAAUCAGCUAGAGAGUGUGAAGAAGCAUUUAAGAGGUUGGAGCAUUGUUGAGGAAGAUGAUGAUCCCCUCAAUUUCGAACGGAGAAAGGCAGUUAAAGAUGCUAUGAUUCAUGCCUGGACUUAUUACGAGAUGUAUGCAUGGGGUCAUGAUGAACUCAAGCCACAGACAAGAAAUUCCGUUGAUAGUUUUGGCGGCCUUGGUGCCACUCUAGUGGAUUCUCUUGAUACAUUGUAUAUAAUGGGUCUUGACCAGCAAUUCCAAAGAGCUAGAGAGUGGGUUGCAAACUCAUUGAAUUUCAACAAGAAUUAUGAGGCUAGUGUUUUUGAGACAACCAUAAGAGUUAUAGGCGGACUUCUUAGCGCGUAUGAUCUCUCUGAUGACUACAUUUUCCUUGAAAAGGCAAGAGAUAUUGCAGAUAGGUUGCUUCCUGCAUGGAAUACACCUUCCGGAAUCCCCUAUAACAUAAUAAACUUGAUGUAUGGGGAUGCCAAGAACCCUCGGUGGACAGGGGGAAAUAGUAUUCUGGCAGAUGCUGGUUCAGAGCAGCUUGAAUUUAUUGCUCUAUCUCAAAGGACGAAAGAUCCCAAGUACCAGCAGAAGGUGGAAUAUGUCAUCAAAGAGCUUCAUAAAAUAUUCCCCACUGAUGGAUUGCUUCCCAUAUAUAUCAAUCCUCUCACUGGAGAAACUUCAUACUCAAAAAUUACAUUUGGUGCCAUGGGUGAUAGUUUUUAUGAAUAUUUACUUAAGGCUUGGAUACAAGGGAACAAAACUGAAGCAGUAAAGAACUACAGAGAAAUGUGGGAGACGUCAAUGAAAGGUCUGAAAAGCUUGAUUCGGAGGACGACGCCAUCCUCAUUUGCAUAUAUAUGUGAGAAGACUGGAAACUCACUGUAUGAUAAGAUGGAUGAGUUAGCUUGCUUUGCUCCUGGCAUGUUAGCUUUAGGAUCUUCUGGCUAUGUCCCUGAUGAAGCUGAAAAGUUUUUAUCCCUUGCUGAAGAGCUUGCAUGGACAUGUUAUAACUUCUACCAGAGGACUCGUACAAAAUUGGCUGGAGAGAACUAUUUCUUCCCAGCUGGACAGGACAUGACUGUUGGAACAUCGUGGAGCAUUUUGAGGCCAGAGACAAUUGAGUCACUGUUUUACCUAUGGCGUUUCACUGGGAACAAAACUUACCAAGAAUGGGGUUGGAAUAUUUUCCAAGCGUUUGAAAACAACUCUAGAGUAGAUUCAGGAUACAGUGGGCUGAAAGAUGUGAGUACAGGCGAGAAAGAUGAUAUGAUGCAGAGCUUCUUCCUUGCAGAAACGCUCAAGUAUCUCUAUCUCCUAUUCUCGCCUCCAUCAUUCAUCUCUUUGGAUGAAUGGGUAUUCAACACAGAAGCACACCCUCUAAGGAUCAUGGAUCGACAUGCUAGUGGAGAGAGUGAUAGUACAACUGAACAAGACAGAUUACCUGAAACAUUCCAAGGCAGGAAAGGACGGUCAGGAUCUACUUAGUUCCCAUACUUAAUAAACUUCAAGUCCUUCAGGGUCCCCCUUUCAACCAUAUAUAACGUCCCGGCCAUAUUCAACUGUGUUUGGGUAUUCAACAGCAUUAGUUGCUUGAACUUGAUACUGAAGGCAGUCGAGCAAGUCAAUUGUGAGAGGUGACGGUGAAAUGGCUGUGCUGGAAACAGAUGGGGACCGUCUUUCUGUUGCUGCUUGGUAUGUAACAAUAGAUUGGAAAUAUUAGGAUGGAUUCAAAUUCUCUGUAUUUUUCUCUGCUGACAAUGUGCUAUGGCCAAGGCACAUGAUGUUAUUCCAGCCUUGAAUCUCUUUCCCAUAUAAACCCUAAAUAUAUCCUCCUACCGUACAUUUAAACGAUCUUGUUUUGGCCAUAAGCAUUGUAUCUUCGGAGAAAAUUUGAAUUGAAGGUCCUAUUUCUGUUAGAAUUUUGUACAAACAUUUCUGUAGUAGCAGAGAUCUACAUCUCAGGAUCAGAAAUUUAUAAGGAUGUCAUGUAAUAAACAUCCGGUUAACUACAUUGUAUGCUGAA